UUGGCAGCAGGAGGUGGAAGGAAGGUCGUCUGCAUCACAUCUGGUGGCACCACGGUUCCGUUGGAGCAACGCUGCGUUCGUUACAUUGAUAAUUUCAGCUCGGGCCAUAGAGGAGCAGCGGCAGCAGAGUACUUCAUUGAGGCUGGUUAUGCGGUUGUGUUUCUGUAUAGGAUAGGAAGCGUGUUGCCAUAUACCCGUUCGCUUCCUGAUGAGCCAUUGCUUGAAUGUCUUGAGCUCGAUGAUGACUCCAACAUUCGAGUGCGGAAAUCAUGUGCGGAAGCAGUGAAGAAGUAUCAUGCUGCUGUUGCAGGAAACCUACUCAUAAAACUUCCUUUCACUACUAUAUUUGAGUAUCUUCAGAUGUUGCAAAUUGUUGCCCAAGCAAUGAAGCCUCUUGGGCGAUAUGCCAUGCUCUUCCUUGCCGCAGCAGUUUCAGACUUCUACAUCCCGUGGCAGAGCAUGGCAGAACACAAGAUUCAAUCUGCAUCUGGGCCUCUGGAUAUGCGGCUUGUUCAAGUGCCCAAAAUGCUGUCUAUCCUAAGAACAGAAUGGUCCCCACUGGCUUUCUGCAUAUCAUUCAAGUUGGAGACAGAUUCGAAGAUUCUUCUGGAGAAGGCUGACAUGGCUCUUAGAAAGUACAAGAUGCAUAUGGUCGUGGCGAAUGAGCUGCAGACGCGUAAAGAAGAGGUUAUAGUCGUCACCUUGGAUGAAAAGAUCCCAGUUCACCGUGACAAGUCGCAGCCUGAUUCUGAUGUGGAACAGCCACUAGUUGAGCUCAUUGUUGACAAGCAUUCUACUUACAUCAAUAACCACAGAUAGCUGAUUCUUUCAGCUUUCAGCCUUACUGGAACAUUCAUACAUGGGAUAAACAAAAAAAAGAAAGAAAGUAUUCUGUGACGUCUAUUCUCGGAUUAGAAUGGUUGGUUUUUGCUGUUGUUGUUGUUGAACCCCAAAACCAUAACAAAUGAGCUGGUUCCUAGUUGCAGUGAAUUGUUUGCCUUGUUCUUCCACUGCUAACUUGCCAUCAUGUAACGUUGUCCUUCCAACUUUUUCGUUCAAAAAGAGAAGUAGCAUCGGUAUUCAUUGUUUUAUGUUCGGGUUAAUUAUCAUGUAAAGUAUAUGUUUCGUUGCAUACUAAGUACUAGGAAGGUGAGCUAUAAAAUUUGAUAAUGUAAUGGGGUAUAUAGCUUAUUGCUGUAUAGUUUUAUUUGG